CUGGGGCGUCUAAACCUGAAGACCGCCGGUGGCCCCGCCUUCCGCCAGAGUCGCUAAGGCAUUGAGAGGAAGCUGGGUCCGUCUCAGCAUGGCCAAGGCCAUGGCUGGACACCAAAAGGAAAAGGAGGUGCCAGAUGAGGUGCAUCAGAACCAGAUCUUGCGGGAAUUGUACCUCAAAGAGCUACGAACCCAGAAACUCUACACGCAGUAUCACGUGAAUCCCCUGCGCAAGGUUCACACAAUCACCAGAAAGCCCAUGUCUUGGCAUGAUAACGUGGAAGAACCUGCAGACGACAAGUUUCUGAAUCUUAUUCACCAUGCUGCCCAGGGACCCAGGAAGAAAUACUCGGAGACACAGACUGAAAGCCAAGAAAUUGGAUGGUUCUCAGAGCCCUUGGUCAACCCAGAACGUGACGACCGCAGGCUGAACCACUUCAAGGUCUACACUGACAUCAGCCUGUACAAGGCCAAACUGUGGAGCUUGGGUGAAGAUGACCGCCACAAGUAGUUUGCCAGCAGUGACGUCUGCCCGUGUUUAAUGCCCAGAGUGUGUGCCGCCCAGAUAAAGAUACUUGAAAG